AGCUCUACAUGUCCAUUUUCUCUCUCAUUAUCACCCUGAGCUCACAUCUGCUUCCUUUCUCGAGGACCUUCGAGCAUCAUGCCGAACUUCGAGCCUAAUGCCGUGAUUCGCGGCUUCCAGCUCACCAUCGUUGGGACUGUCCGCGCGCUGGGAAACCCUGACCUAUUCAAAUACAACCACUUUCGACAGGCUGUCUUUGCGGUUGCAGUCGGUAUCGCCAUUCAAUUGAUCAUUCAGAUUCCGAUCAUUGGGGUCAAAUUUGUUCUCUGGAUUCUAUCAUGGAUCAUUGACUUGGAAAAUGCGACCUGGGAUGACUCUCUCGUAGAGGGUCUCAAUUUUAUCUCCAACUCCGUUCUUCAGGUGCCCUUCUUGCUCAUGACACUAAUGCGGUACAUCACACCUACAUUGGAUGAGAUUUUCAUGGAAUCACUCAAAUGGGUUGAUGCUACCUACGUUCAUAAGCACAAGCAAGACGACCCCAAGAACCUGCGGGACAUGUAUUACCCCAAUCUCUCCAUGUACACCGCCGAGGAUGGCACGGUGCGAACUCCCAAGGCUGCCGGCCACGCUGCAUUUUUAAUGUUUCUUCGCCGGUACGGCAAGCGGGCUGGUCUUCUCCUCGGCACAUAUCUCUUCUCGUUGGUUCCUGUAGUCGGCCCGUUCGUGAUGCCUGCUGCCUCGUUCUACGCUUUCAAGAGCGCCGUGGGAACUACCCCUGCAGCUGUCAUCUUUGGGGCUGGCUUUAUCCUUCCCAAGAGCUACGUGGUCUCGUUCCUGCAUAGCUACUAUGCAUCACGCAGUCUGAUGCGUGAACUGUUGGAGCCCUACUUCAGCCGUGUCCCCUUCACUCAUGAGCAGAAAAAGCGCUGGUUCGCCGACCGUGAGGGUGUCCUUUUCGGCUUUGCGUUUGCUUUCACUCAUGUCAUGAAGGCUCCUUUUGUUGGAGUGCUCCUCUACGGUGUGGCCCAGGCAUCGACUGCCUACCUCGUCACCAAGAUCACGGAUCCUCCGCCAAGCCCCGCGUUGAAGGAGGGAUUUGCCGAGACCCAGACGACUUGGAAGAACAAGCACGACUUUCUGCGUCUUCCUUUGGAUAAUCUAGACAAGCUUAAUGUUCAUGAAGAGGAGGGAAAGCCCAAGGCAUCCGAAACCCCCAGCCGGGAGUUCUCCUAGAUAGGCGUGGUUGACAGAAGCGGUGCACUCGGGAUGUGAUUGAGAAAUGGACUAGAGUCGGGAGUAGUGUAGACUUGGGAAUGAUCUGAGUAAAAAAUUAUAAGGGCUUUUGGCAGAGCUGUGUGUAAAUACUUUGUGAUGGGUAUCAAAAAGUUGAUUGCAAAGCAAAGGAAGCAGCCUUGAAUUUCCCCGCAGAUAAGCGUCAUUGACCCCCGAUAAGAUAACCUUGUCCCACUUUCUCCCCUCUCUCACAUUUGAUCGGCUGAUAACCAUAGUUAAUGUUGCCUUGUUGCAGGGUCGUAUCAUGCAGCUGCAAAUACUUAAUUGGCGACGGGCAGCCCUGGCCGAGGGGCAUUUCCUGCAGAGCUAAGCUCUCUCUUUCCUCCUCUCCACAACUCAUCCCUCACACAGUCAGACUGCAUCA